CGUAUAACAAUAACGUACGUAUGCCAUGUAGUGAGUCCCGAGAUGGCUCACCGUUAUCACAACCGUAUCAGUGAUAAGAGGCAGUCGACGUGUGCCAGUCGCCUCAGCAGUACGAUGAUUCCACCUUAACUAGCAAAAAUGGAACAAGAAACUAUCAUAAUAGUGAGCGUGUUCAGCGCUGCGAUAGCAGUCCUGCUCAUCAUCAGCAUAGUUCUGUGCAUCCACGUCUCCAAGCUCCGGAAGGUGGUGGGGGAGAUGCAGGCCACGGGCAGGAUCAGAGUACAAAAGCUGAAGAUGAACUCUGACAAAAACCACGCGUUCCACAACCCAGCCCUGUCUCCGGACGAGGAGUUGUCGCGUCGCGGCUACUCCAUGUACAUGCACGAUGACGUAGAAGCCGGCAGGGGAUCCGCCUACGACCACAGGGAACGAGAGCGGCAGACGGGCGGGCACUUCGUAGAGGACCUGACGCGGGAAUUGGAGAGCAGGCAGCAGAAGUCCUCCACCGCGCCCCCCUUUCUGCUGCAGAGCAUCGAAGAGAACAAACGGAAAAGCCGCGGCGUGAAUCCGCUGGCCAAUGGCAGGCAAAGCGAGACUAACCCGAAUUUCAUCUACUAGCGAUUGGUCGAAUUUAGAAUUUGAAUUUGGAAUGUUCGCGGCCCCAUUGCAA